AUCUAGCCUUGAGUAUUUUCCUUCAGCCCUCAAGAACCAGGCAACAUGGCCUCAAUGGGUGAUCUCUCCAAAGUAUUUCUGGUCCUCCUUUCACUGCUCUGUGUGCUGCCUGUGGUGGAAGCAGUAGAAGCUGGCGAUGGGAUAGCGCUUCUUCUGGGCAUGUUUCUCAGCCUUACAGGCAUUUGUGCCUGUUUGGGGAUAUAUGCCAGAAAGAGAAAUGGACAGAUGUGACUUGGGGCAGGGAUGGGGUCGCCCAAGUCAAACAUAACCCUGAAAACCUCUCUGUGUGAGAUUUCUAACUCAGAAAUCAGUUUCUUAAAUGUCAAGGUCCAGAUAGUAAGCAAAUGGUUAUUUUCUAAUCCUUGGAAGAAGUUGCCUUAAAAUGUAAAAAGGGAAGGAAGAAUCAUUUUAUUCAUGAUCAGUAUAAGCCUGGUGGUUCACCAACAUGAAAAUUGGUCAAUAACUUGCAAGGGCUUAAAGGAAGGGGUGGAGGGUACUAUCAAAGAAAUAAAAGAACUGUCAUUUAACCUGAAUGAUGUUCCUCGGCUUCUGGAGCAAUGAAGUUAUAGGAAAAAAGAACUGCCUGUUUAGAAUUGUUGGAUGUCAGAUAUUUUCUGUACUCUAAUAUUACGAAAAAUACUACCCAAAGAGGAUUUGAGACAUCCUUGUUCUGUAUUUAUAUCAAAGAAUUUAUCUAGUUUGUAACCCCAGUUAUAUACUACGGUUAAAUAUAAAAUUUACCUGGUAGCCAUUGGAAGCUUAAAAAAUUCUUCAUAAGGGAUUUGGAAACAUAUGUUAGUUACAUAUUUGCUGUUUAAAUAAAGGAAAGAUUUAAUGUCAUUAAAAAAACUUUUAUAUUGACUACUAAGCAUUUCUGGGAAACACGUUAAAAUAAACAUUAGACUGCUAUGCUAACAAAAUGAAUA